UGUAGGCCUAAACAUUGAUUCCCAUUUCCCCGGGCUCUUUCUUGCCAUGGCAACCUCAAAGGAGCAGAGAAACACGUGAUAUGACCGCCUUUCACAUCCCGGAUCAGCGCCCCUAUUGAAGUUUGUGCGAAAGUUUCGGUCCGCUCCCGAAAGAACCGGACUGCACCGGACUUGAGGCAUUGAAUACGGCUGAAUUGUACUGUGUCGCGUUAUAAAAUACCACCAGCUCAACAAAUCUGCAUCACCUUGUCAAAUGGAGAUUUAAAGUCAAGAAAGUGUGAUUUGAUCCACCAGAAAAUCCGCAGUAAGUGUUUUCCUCAUUGAAUAUUCAAAAAUACAUCAACGCUGCGCAGAGUCCUGUCCCGCUCCCGUCUUGCAGAGAUGUUCACCCUGUCCGAGCUGGCAUGUCUGAAUGAACGGCAGAGCAGCUACAAGCUGCUGAAGCCCUGGUGGGAGGUGUUCAUGGACUACUUGGUGGUCCUCAUGCUCAUGGUGUCGGUGCUUGCCGGCACUCUGCUGCUCUCUCGCGACCGCGUGGUCUGCCUUCCCAUCCAGCCCACCCCACUGUCCAGCAACCUCAGCCUGGCCUCUAUGGGCACCUCCCCAGAAGACGUCCGCACUGCCCCAACCUCGCCAGCCUCCAGCCCCCCACCCCAGCCUCUCUUCCCCCCUCGCCUCCCUUCAUCGCCUGGGGCCAAGAGCUCGCCCCGGGGCCUCCGCACCAACCUGGACUACCAGCAGUACAUCUACAUCAGCCAGGUGUGCUACCACGAGGCGCUGCCCUGGUUCUCCCGUUUCUUCCCUUACGUGGCGCUUCUGCAGUCGCUGGUGCUGCUGGCCAGCGGCUGCUUCUGGUUCCACUUCCCGCUGACCUCGUCGCGCAUCGAACACUUCCUGGCCAUCCUGGCCAAGUGCUCCGAGUCGCCGUGGACGUCCCGCGCGCUCUCACACGCCGCGCGGCUGGACCGUGGCCAGGGGAGACCCGCGGAGGAUGGAGAGAAGGAGGAGGAGGAGGAGGGGGAGAGGCUGAAGGUGCACCUGCUACACCCCGUCCUCCCUGCCUCCCUCACCAGACAGUCCAGCCUGGACUCAGGGACGGACAGCCCCCUGCUGGUCAGGUCGGGCAGCACGUCCACCGCCGCCCCUCCGUCGCCCUGCCCGUCCACACUGUCACGCACCUCCUCACUGUCCACUUUGUCCUUCACUGACACCGGCUCUCCUCAGCCACAGAUGUCCCGCGUCGUCCCGGAUGCGACGAGGCCAACUGCAAGACUGGACCGCAGCGAUGGGGAGCAGGCGCGGGCGCUGUUUGAGAGAGUGAGGCGCUUCCGGGCCCACUGUGAGAGCUCUGAUAUCAUCUACAAGGUUUACAUCGCUCAAACAGUUUUCAAGGUCCUGAAGGUCGUUCUUAUCGUGAGCUACACCACCCCUCUGCUGGGAUCCAUCACCUUCAUCCACGUCUGCCAGCCCCUGUCCCACGCCCUGACGGGCUACCAAGCCUUCGAGUGCACCCAUGCCCUGGCCUCGGUCCUGCACAAGCUGCUGGUGGUCUACCUGUGUCUGGUGGGCCUCUUCGGCCUGCUGGGCCUCUACACGCUCAGCUGGAUCUGCCACAAGUCCUUGCGGAAGUACUCCUUCCAGUGCCUACACGAGACCGGUUCCAUGCUGGACGUGCCGGACCUGUGCAAUGACCUGGCCUUCCUGCUCCACAUGGCCGACCAGUACGACCCACUGCUGGCGCACCGUCUCUCCGUCUUCCUGUCGCCGGUCAGCGAGACGCGGCUGCUUGAGGAGAACCUGGAGCGGCGCUGGGGUGCGGAACGCCUGCGGGGCAUGACCACCUGUGACCCACAGGGCCGCACGCAGCUUCAGCUGGUGGCCCUGUCCAGCCUGCCCCCUGCCCUCUUCACCCUCAGCCAGCUGGAGGUGCUUAAGCUGGAGCUCAUCGCUGAUGCCAAGCUUCCCACACAGAUCUCCAACAUGACAGCCCUCAGGGAGUUGCAUCUCUAUCACUGCACAGCUGCAUUGGAACCGGGCGCUCUUCUGCAUCUGCAGGAGCGUCUGGAGGUCCUGCACCUCACCUUCACCCAGGCCACAGACAUCCCUGGCUGGGUGUACUGUCUUCGUGGCCUCCAGGAGUUGCACAUGACCGGUCACCUGGGCUGCGAGAGUGGUGUGGGUCGUGGCUGGGCGCUGGGCAGCUUGCGGCAGCUGCGCCACCUGCGCGUGCUCACGCUCCGUGCCUCCCUGCAGCGCAUCCCAGCCGAGCUGGGCGAGGUGGCGGGCAGCCUUUUGCGCCUGGAGGUCCACAACGAGGGCGCCCGGCUCCUGGUGCUCACGGGGCUGCGGCGGCUGGCCGGCCUGACCGAGCUCCAGCUCCAGGGCUGCCAGCUGGAGCGCCUGCCCUCUGCGCUUUUGGCCCUGGCGGGCCUCCGUAGUCUGGACCUGCAGCACAACUGCCUGCGCACCCUGGAGGAGCUGCUGAGCCUUCAGCACCUGCGCCGCCUCUCCUGCUUGCGGCUCGCACACAACCGCGUGCUCGCCCUGCCUUCCAGCGUGGGCGUUUUGCGGCGGCUCGAGCUCCUGGACCUGGCCCACAACGAGCUGCAGAGCCUGCCCCCGGCCCUCUUCACCCUCCACAGGCUCCGGCGGCUCUACCUAGCCGGCAACCUACUGGAGGUCCUGCCGGCGGAGGUGGGCUCCCUGGCGCUGCUCCGGGAGCUCGAUGUGAGUGGGAACCGGCUGGAGAGCCUCCCGGCGGAGCUCUGCACGAACUGCCUGGAGCUCCGCAACCUGAACGUGAGCUUCAACUCUCUGGGCACUCUCCCCCCAGACGUUGGCUCUCUGAACCAACUCUCGCAGCUGGACCUGAGAGGGAACAGUCUGGAGCAGCUCCCGGCAGAGCUGGGCUGCUGCGCCGGGCUGUGUGGCGGAGGCCUGCUAGUGGAGAACUGGCUGCUUCACUCGCUACCUCGUCACGUCAGGGACCUCCUGACGCGGCCCUGCUCGUCCUCCACCUCCUCUUCCUCCCAGCCGCCCUCCCGACCAGAGUCUGACAGUUUCCCCACUUUCUCCACCAGUCACUGGAGCUUCCUAUUGGCAGCAGAGUCUCGGAUAUGAAGGCAAACAAUGGCUUCCAGUGUUUCCCAUACAUUGACCUAUUUGUGGCGGCCCACCACAAUAUCAACAUUGACCACCACACAAUGAU